GGAGAGAGAAAGCUCAGCAAUAGAGGAGUAGAUAGCUUGCUCUUUUAACAUGACAAAGCCUACAUUUCAGCAAACUCUAUCUCACUCCUCUCUCUUUCUCACUAACUAUAAGGCCUAUACAUAAACUCCCAUAAAACUGAACUAACUCUUGAUCUUCAAAGGGCAAACAGAGAGAGAGAGAGAGAGAGAGAGGAAAUGGCAAUCAAGGGGAACUUCAACGGUAGCAGCAGCAAUGGCGGGAACAGCAACAGAGGGAGGCCGUAUGGGGUAAUGCUGCUGAUCGCAUUUGGUGCUGCUUUGCUUGGAGUUCUAGUGGUUCACAAGCUCAGAGAAAGGCGCAUCUUCAAUCUCCUUGUCACUGACAAAGAACAACAGCUCUUCUCCCUUCACCUUCUCCUGCAGAAGGAGAGAGAGCAGAGCAGUGAAAUGAAGAGAAAAGCAGAGGACAUGACAGCAGCGCUCCAGAAAGUGACGACCGAGAAGAUGGAGCUUGAGAGGAGAGUGGUGGAGCUGCAAUCCAGCAUCGAUUCCCUAAAAGACGAAGGGAAGGCCUUGGAGAUUGCUCUCGAGGAGAAGCAGAGCGAGAUCAAGUUGCUGAGAAGGGAUGCAACUCCCGCAGACGAUGGAGACAAGAAAAGUAAUCCCCAAGUUGCUGAGAGUCUGAAGCAGAAGGAAGCUGAAAAUCUGGAGUUGAAGAAGCAUCGUCAUCGUCAUCAUCAACAUCGUGGGGUCGAGAACCCAGUCAAGGUCUGGUCAGCGGGUUCGGAUGAGGAUCCUUCAUCAAAACCUCUUUCCACCAAUGGGACAAAGACGGCAGAUGAUGCAGUAGUAGCAGUAGGUCAGGAGAAGAAGGAUGAAGCGUCUAGGAAGCUAUCUGAUGGGGAGAAUGCCAUGGUUGGGAAUAAUGGAAGUGAUAAUAGGAGGAAGUUGUCAAGAGAAGAAGGAUUAUUGCCUGCCUCUGUAGCUGGAAGCAAUGGAACUACUUCUCCAGGAGAAGCUGCAAGGAAAACGAAACAUGUCCACUCGAGAAAGGCCAGAGGAAAGAAGUGGAGGGUGGGUGCUAGAAACAGAUGGUUGGGGAACAACAAGAUGAGCAAUGAAGAUGACAACGAAGAAGACGGUGAAGGUGAAGGGGGCAAGAGAAGUACUACUUCGACCAUGAAGGAAAUAGCAGCAGUAAAUGAGUCAGGGGAUUCUUCGGGUGCUCAAUUAUCAAAGCCAGAAAACUCAGAAAACAGUUCAGGGAAAAGGGACGACAGAUUAAGCAAAGGUACUUUCAAGCUGGAGGAAGGCAAUGACGUAUCUCAGACUGAUGGAGUCGCCAUGGAUAGAACCUCAAGUAAUGACAAUAAUGCAGAUUCUAUCUACAAAAAGGAAUCAGAGUCAGUUUCAGAUUCAUCGGAGCAACAAAGAGACGAGUACAAAGACGAAACAGACCCAUCUGAGUUCUGACCGAAUGAGAUCUCUUUAGAAGAGGUGUUAGUCUCUGAAAUUUCAAGUGGAGAGGGAAUCAGUGAAUUUCCCUGCUCCUGUCGUUGCUGUAUUUCUAACCAAGUUUUUGGAUGGGUUUCUGGAUAAAAUAAUGACCACUUGUUAUGUUCAUUGAGAACAAAAGCAGUCUCCAAGCUUUAAACUUCGA